GCUGUGUGCAGCGCCCAUAUUAAAUAAACAUUGACGAAUAAGAAGUGCGUGAUGGGGUCACGCAUGAAGGUGCUUCGGGUGUUCAAAGAUCUGCACAAAACACGAAAAGAUGUAUUUAAAGAUGACAAUAGAGCUAUGACAGCUUCUAGGUUAAAAAUAAACGAAGAAUUCAAAAGAAACAAAAAUGAAACAUCAGAUGAAAAUAUUAAAGAGAUGCUUAAAAUGGCCCGAUCAGUCGAGACCAUCCUUCGUGAAAAUGUAAUACAAGCAGAGCAUGUGGAGGAAAACAAAAUAUUGUUACGGCCACGGAAGAGCCUCCUGCUAGAAAAUGUACCUUACUGUGAUAACCCACGAAAAACAUAACCUGAAAGAUUUAUAUUUAUUGAAAGUGACACCAAUAAGUUUGUACAGGUCAUAUUUUAUUUUCACAACCUUUUUUAAAGAUUUCUGUCCUCUGCAAAUAUUUCAGAAAGAUGUUUUUAAUUUUUAAUGUUACACCAGCUUGUUAUUCAAUAAAACAAAACAAAACAUACAUUUAUUUCUCAAAGGCUUGUUCACUGUAAAAUUAAAUCGAAGGUCUUUGACUUAACGUCCAAAAUCAUACUAUUUUAGAUUUUAAAUUCCACUGAAGAACACAUAGCAAAGUCUAAUGUAACUCCAUCAUGCUCCAUAAUGGAACCUUCAGCAGCCACACUGUAAAUAUUUCUUUGGCAUGUUCUUUAGCAUGUUUAAUAAAUUAUAAUUCAAGCUUG